GUGGGAAAAUCAUUCUUUUAUUGGAAAUAUCAUCUGGAAAAAUCUUGUUGCAUACAUAACUUUAAGUUAUAAUAAUAAGGAAAAGUUGAUUCUGAAUGAAUGAUCAAAUCAACCCGGGAGUCAAAUCAGAGAGGAAGAUCGAUUUAUACAAACGUUACGGGAUAAACCACGCUAUUCAAGAAUCCCAACCUCUCAAUAAUAGCAUCGAUGAUUCCCCCUGGGAUAAAACGAUCAUCAAUGGCGGGGCAAAGGAUGCCGCGGGAAAUCAUCACCCAAAUAACCAGAGUCCAAAUGAUUUGAAGGGUUCUGAUUUACAACACAAAAGGAUACAACCGUACCCAGAUAUCUCCGAUAAAAAUUUCGACCACGUGUUCGUUAUAAAAAAUAAGCGAGCGAAAUCUCUCGGGGAUAAAUGUUCGAUGGAUACCCUGGAAAACUUUGGUAGUGGCAGGAGAAACCAUCAAAAUAAGUUGAUUCUACUACCUGACCGUAGAUACAAAAGCUUAUGCAAUGCGAAUACUUUACAAAAGUUCGGCUUCGAAGAUGAAGAACAGCAGGAAGAAAGAGAGGAAUGGAGUAGCAAAGCGGAUUUCUUGCUGUCAAUUAUAGGAUUCGCCGUCGAUCUCUCCAACAUUUGGAGAUUUCCCUACCUCUGUUACAAAAAUGGAGGAGGGGCGUUCUUAAUACCGUACACUAUCAUGUUAAUAUUUGGAGGUGUCCCACUAUUAUAUAUGGAGUUAGCCCUAGGACAAUACAACAGGGCCGGAGCUGUUGGAAUAUGGAAAAUGGUCCCUUUCUUAAAAGGAACGGGAUACGCCGCCAUACUGAUGACCUUUUACGUUUCGUUUUAUUACCCCGUAAUAUGCGGCUACGCGUUUUACUAUUUGUUCGCCUCUUUCAAAUCGAAGUUACCCUGGAUCACGUGCGAUAACUCUUGGAAUACUCCGGCAUGCGUAGAACAUAGAACGCGUAACAUGUCCCUGAAACCGUCUCAUAUAGCACCUAUCCACGGUCUUAAGACUGCUAGCGAAGAAUAUUUUGAACGAAAAGUGUUAGGCAUACAGGAUGGAUCCGGUUUCCAACAUUUUACUCCCAUUAAAUGGGACGUAUGUUUAUGCGCUCUACUCGUUUACCUCAUAGUGUUUUUAUCUCUGUUUAGAGGCGUUAAGACUUCGGGAAAAGUUGUAUGGUUUACGGCGAUUGCACCAUACAUCUUAUUAACCAUUCUACUCAUCCAGGCAUUAUUGUUACCGGGUUCGUUAAAUGGCAUAAUUUAUUAUUUAACUCCUCAAAUGCACAAACUAAAAUCUGCUCAAGUGUGGUAUGAGGCGGCGGUGCAAAUAUUUUAUUCCACUGGCCCAGGUUUUGGGGUGCAUAUUGCUUACGCGAGUUACAACAAAUUUCACAAUAAUAUACAAACGGAUGUCAUAGUGACAUCGGCUGUCAAUAGUUUAACCAGCUUUUUCGCGGGAUUCGUCGUUUUCGCGUUUUUAGGUUACAUGUCCAUGCAGAGGGGUUUGGAGAUAGAUCGAGUGGCUAAAGAUGGACCUGGAUUGGUGUUCAUAGUUUACCCCGAAGCUUUAGCUAUAUUAAAAGGAAGCGUAUUCUUCUCCAUAAUCUUUUUCCUGACAUUACUAACGUUGGGAUUGGAUAGUUUGCUGGGAGGAAUGGAAGCCGUUAUAACGGGAUUAUUGGAUGAUCUAGGACCAACACUGAAAAGUUUUGGAAUAUCGAAAAAAGUUCUGAUAGGGAUCGUUAUAUUUACCUCGUUUUGUGUAGCUCUUUUAUGUACUACUAAAGACGGGAUAUACUGGAUAACAUUUCUAGACACUUACGCUGCCGGAACGGCACUCUUGUUCAUCGUGUUCUUCGAAGCCGUCGGAGUAGCUUGGAUAUAUGGAGUUGACAGAUUUUCUAGUAAUAUCGAAGAAAUGAUCGGGUUUAGACCCAACAUAUACUGGCGAUGGUGUUGGAAAUACAUUAGUCCCACUUUAAUCAUGGCAAUGAUAACAGCUGGAUUUCUUCUGAACGAACCAUUGAGGUACGGAAAUUACAUUUAUCCUAAAUGGGCGAACGGCUUUGGUUGGAGUAUGGUGGCCUCCUCAAUACUUCUAAUCCCAUUUUAUGCCAUAUGGUACCUGCGCAGGACUAAAGCCAAAAAUUUAUACCAACGAUUACAAUUGUGUGUAAAAUCGAGUACUAUUCGCAAGCAUUCAUAUUAUCGGACACUCGGCUCCUCAGUAAUAAAUUAAUUUAUUGUUGAUAUACAGUUUAACCACUCAUUCACUCUCAGAAGAGAAUUUGC